AAGAUACAGACGGACAAGGUUUUUUACCAACCUUUUAAACACACCGGGAUAUGAUUUCAUGGGGUUGAACCAAGAUAUUGUCGGACAAAGUUCUUUCGCCAACUCUACAAGUGCGCCAGGCUAUGACUUCAUGGGGUUGAACCAAGAUCAAGCAUCACAGGUGAUACACAACUAUAUUCAUCUAAUUCCAAAAAUCUUCCAUGCGUAUGUUACACGCAUACAUAACGUGUUAGGUGAUGGAAAUUGUGGGUUUCGGGCGACAGCUUCUGCUCUCGGGUACGGUGAAGAUGAAUGGUUAUUUAUCCGGAGAUCACUGAUGGAAGAGCUACUCGAGUUUAGAAAUAAGUACACUAAGGCUUUCUUAGGCUCAUUCAAAGAUGUGUUCACGUCCUUGGCUUGGUCAGGAUUGGGGUUUGCACAUGAAAAACACUGGAUGAUUAUGCCAGAGGCAGGAUUCUUGAUUGCGAACAAGUUUAAUGUGAUCGUUCAUUUUUUAUCUCAAGAAAAAAGAAACAGUUCUACUUGUUUUUCGCUUUGGAGAGGCCCUCACGAGUUCCCAGAAAAAAAAAUAAUUACAAUUGCACACGUGAAUGGUAACCAUUUUAUAAUGGUAGAAUUGCAAGAAGAGUAUCCAAUUGCCAGCACAAACAACCUAUGGAAAUUAAUGAGAGAAAAUGAUGCAGCUGGCUGGGAGAAUAUAUUUGAAUCACGUCAAAAUAUGUAUAAGUCUUGGAUAGCAAAACCUGCUACAUUUGGGGGGACAUUGUCUGUUGGGAUCGCGCAAGAGAUAGGGCAUGAAUUGGAAUCGGAAGUGGAAUAUUUUGUUCCAAUACCAAAACCUUAUGUAAGAAUGUUUGGCGCUGCGGCAAAUGGAGGAGGCCGUCCCCUUGCAAGCGUACUUGAAUUAACUGCUAGUAAAUCUUACUACAAUGUUGUAGUCGAGUUGCCUCAAGUUCAAUAUGAAGAUGAAGCAAGAUGUACCGUGAAUAUCAAUAGCGAGGUGACCAUUGAAGGACAGAUAAGUCAUGGUGCAAUAUAUGCAGAUAAGCCCAUUAUCGGAAACAAAAGAAAGCGGGUCCAACUAUGCCCAACUGAACCAUGGGCUAUUUCUUUCUACUUCCCUGGCCUAGUGGACUGGUGGACCGCUUCUGUCCACGUUCCUUCAAGUAACAUUAUCGAAAUCCUUGUGAUGAAAACAAUGUUGCCGCUUGAACCUACAGCCACUGGUUCGACAGCUUUUGUCACUGGGGCUGGUCAUGACCUUGGUACAGUUGGUGAUACCUCACUUACCCCGUCCGACAUGGUGCGCGAGUAG